GCUGAGUUAGCUUAGCUAUAGCGAGCAGCCAGCGAGCCCAAGUUCCUUCAAGCACCUUUCGUUUCGCUGUCAAGAUGCCUGCGAUGUUAGAGAAGGGCACCGUUGAGAUAUCGGGUAAAAUAAGGGGUAGAAACUCCGUGAAUAAUCCGACCAAAAGUUUUACCUUCAAAGGAACAGCAACAAAUUCAUGGGAGGAAGGAAGUUCGGGUUCCUCAAGUGAUGACGAGCAUGGUGCAGGCGGGAUGCGAGUUGGACCGCAGUAUCAGGCAGUUGUUCCCGAUUAUGAUGCCGAGGUAGCUAAAGCAAGCCAAGAGAGAGAUAAUCUGGGAAUGCUGGUGUGGUUUCCAAAUCCAAGUAUACCAGAGACCAAAUUGGAUGAGUAUAUUGCAAUAGCCAAAGAAAAACAUGGGUACAAUAUGGAGCAGGCAUUGGGCAUGCUGUUUUGGCACAAACACAACAUUGAAAAAUCUUUGGCAGAUCUCCCCAACUUCACCCCUUUUCCAGAUGAGUGGACAGUUGAAGACAAGGUGCUGUUUGAACAGGGUUUCAGCUUUCAUGGAAAGACGUUUCACCGCAUCCAGCAGAUGCUUCCAGACAAGUCAAUUGCAAGCCUGGUUAGAUUCUAUUACUCUUGGAAGAAAACGCGCAGCAAAACGAGUGUGAUGGACCGCCAUGCGCGCAAACAGAAGAGAGACAGAGAGGAGAGUGAUGAUGAAGGAGAAGAAAAUAGUUGCAUCUCUCCAGGGGAUGCUGAAUGUGAGCCAAAUAAGGAUGAGAAGAAAGAGGGAACAUCUGGACCUGAGAAACAAGAUCCAAAACCUGCAGCUGUGCCGAAGCCAGCGAAUCUUGCAGAGAAGUCAGUGCAUGUUAAGAAGGAACCACAAGGAAUUGCUGGAAGGAACCUACACAGGGCAAAGAAGAAACCUCCUAAAGGAAUGCAUUUAAACGCUGAUGAUGUGGCGGCAAUGUCUAGCAGCAGCCCAGCCGCAGUUAGUGUUCUGAGACAGCUGGAUAUGGAGCUCAUUGCCAUAAAACGACAGAUUCAGAGCAUCAAACAGCACAAUAGUGCCCUCAGAGAAAAGCUGGACACAGGCGUGGAUGAGUUUAGGCCAACUGAGGCUAAUCAGAAAUUUAAUACCCGCUGGACCACAGAAGAGCAGCUGCUUGCAGUACAAGCUAUAAGGAAGUAUGGGCGGGAUUUCCAAGCCAUUUCUGAUGUGAUCGGCAACAAAUCUGUGGUUCAAGUGAAAAACUUCUUUGUGAAUUACCGCCGUCGUUUCAACCUGGAUGAGGUACUGCAGGAGUGGGAAGCUGAACACGGCGUGGAGGGACGCAAGGGUUUAGAUGAAGAGAAGAUGGAGGUGUCAUCUGAAGAGGGAACCACCCCGGUGCCUUCAGAAAACCAGACAGAAGAACCAACGGCAGUGGAAACACAAAACCCUUCAGUUUCCUGAGUUCUCCAACAGCGGUCAGACGAGCUCAGAUCAGUCAAUAUCGCAGCUGUGCGUAAGAGGCAUUAAGGCUUCAACUGCCUCAAGUGAAGUCUCUUCGUAAAGGACAUUCCUCCCCCCAUCCCGGUCCCUCCAACUCCCACCCCCCUACUGAACCCAGGACUCUCACAGGUGCAACCGCAUAGGAGUGCAAACUUCUCAAAGCUACUCUACGGAACUAGGAUCGUCACUGCCAACAGAAGUAGAGUUCCUGUCUGGUCUCUACCAAUCUGGUGCUCCAACAGUUAUAUUCUCCACAAUCUGUAAUUGGUCUGUUAUGGGGGAAUAAAAUACCCACAUGCCCAUCCCAACGUCAUCGGACAGUGAAUCAGUGAAAUGAAAGAGCUUUUGUCUGAAGGAGUUUAAUGUCACUUAACCAUCUCUCUUUCUUGAUAUAUUCAUAGGACUUUGACUUGGUCCUAGUCCAACAUCUCUUUCCAAUUACUUUUUUGUUACUGUAGCAUAUUAUCUAAUUACAUGAUUUGUUAUUUUAAAAUAGUUUUUGGGGGGGUUAGUUGAUCUCUGGUUGGAUUGUUAAGCUAUUUAUUUGCAUAAAAUUAUAAGAACUACACUGUAUAGAUUAAAUUAAAUGCCAGUGUAGAUGAAAUAUAAGUAAUUAUAAUGCCAAUUUUUUAAUGACAAUUUAAUUAUAUAUGGUUUGCAGCUCUUAUAUUUAAGUGAGUUGGUUUAGUAUUAGGUCAUUUUAUAUAUAAAUAUAUAUAUGUUAAAUCAUGGACCCUUGUACACGGUGUAUUUGAAAUGCAUUUUAUCUCAAGAGGUUUCUUGGCUGAGGCUGUUGACUUUAAGAAAACAAGCACAGCAGAGUUGUAAUGGAAUGGGAGGUAUGUUUUUAUUCUCGCUCUUCUUUUUAAUUUUUUGUUAUCUUAUUUCGAAGUGUGUUUUGUAUGCAUGAAUAGUUUCUUCUUCAUGCCAAGGUCAAGCUUUUCACCCUCUUAGGGGUGUCUGAACAUAUAUGGAUCACCAUGUGAAGGUUAAGAAUUUGAAAAUAUGGCAGCACAUCUAAAUUUCUAUUACUAUUCCAUGCUUGUUUAUGUUUUUCCACACAUCUUAAUUAAUUAUGGUGUUUGGAGAUAAUAAAUGAUAGAUGGGUUCAUAUUGUUUGUUUUUUAUGUUUAAUUUGAAAAUGGAAUAUGUUAUUUAAAAUACAUGCAGUCUCACUUGUUUUUUUAUUUUUAUUUUUUUUUUGCUUUUGCCUCUACUAACUGUAAUGGUACCAUACAUGUGUGAACUCCUUUUAAAUUUAUGUGUGCAGAUAACAUGUACAUGGUUGGGGUGAAAUUCUGUGUGUCUGCCUGUGUGGGUGGGAGCUAAUGUGGUCAUAGCCUGGCCUGUAUAAGUAAUCAGUUUGUCACAUUAGUCUUAAUAAACUUAAGGGAUUUAUACUGUCAAA